AUGGGUCUCGAGCCUCUUGGUCGCAACUGGGGCGACAUUGUGAAUUGGGAUGAUCUUGGAAAGGCAUACGCUGGCUUUAUUAUCGCAUGGACGGUCAUCCUUUACGCCGGCGUUGCUUGGCUGAUCAAGAAUCGCGACUUGCCAUUCAUCAAGAUCCGCAAUGUGCCAAUCGCCGUUGCCAGCGUCACCUGCCUGCACCUAUACCUGAUCAAGAUCGUGUUGGCAUACACCACGAAUGGCCACUUCCUCUGCUCGCUGGAAUUCUGGAUUAUGAGCAUCUAUCUUCCGUUCGGCAUUGCCCUCUUCCAGGCCAACUUGGUUCAAUUGUACAGCAUCAGUGAUCAACAACAAAAGCUCGCGACGUCUGCUGCGUCAACAUCUACCGCCUCCAUAGCGUCUCGUUCUGGAGUGCGAAGCUGGUGGCAGCAAUGGAAAGAUCUGCCGCAGAUCAAGAAGUCCUACACCUAUAUCGGGAUCGGCAUGUUCAUCCAAGUCAUCAUUACUGCUGCCAUCUAUGCCGCUACGCCAGAACUCCAAGGCGACUGGAGGAGUUUUGGUAAGGUGCCACACGCAAAGGGCCAAGCACUUUGUCGUAAAUCGGCGGCCUGGGUCCCAUCUGCUUUCUGGCAGUUGGCCUGGUCCUGGUUCUUCGGUCUGUGGACCCUCUGGAAGAUCAGGAACAUCCAUGAUACCCACUACUGGCGUCUGGGAACAUGGCUCAGCGUUAUCUCUGGUCUGCCCGGAACGCCACUCUGGAUCGCAGCGGUGUUCUGCAUCCAGUUCAAGCCCGUCAAUAUUCGAUGGGUCCCGCCAAUGUGGCUUGCACCAGGUAUCAUUGUCAUGCAAGUUGUCACAGUCUUCUUCCCCAUCUACGAAGCCUUUGUGUCCCGAGCACAGAUGCGUGAAACUCUCACGCUCAUCAAGAAUUGGGAGGAGAAAGGCGCCCAAAGCGGCGAGCCCAGCCUGAGCUCUGGCGAAGCCAGCAACGUAUCAGUGGGCAUCUCAACACGCAGCAAAGAGAUCUUCACCAUGGCUUCGCUCGAGAAGGCCUUGGCUGUCAAUCCUUUGCCACUUCUUCACUUCGCCGCCAGCAAAGACUUCACUGCGGAGAACAUCAUCUUCUUGAUGCGCGUGCGCGAAUGGCGACAAGCACAUGCCUCCGCUCCACGUUUGCUCAACACUACCGCUCUCACUGCCGAUGCUCAAGAGUUGUUGUUCCGAAUGGGAGUAGACAUCUACACGACCUGCGUUUCAGACACGUACUCGGAGUUCCCCAUCAACAUCGACCACAACAUCAAAGUCGCGCUCGACAAUGUCUUUGCUCCCGCGGUUCCAGACAAGAAGAAGCGACUUUCCGAUGACAGCACUAGCAGCAGUCCAUGGGACAUCGACAUGGAAGCCCUGCAGAAAGCUCCCAUACAAUUGGAAAUCCAACGCAUGACGCUUUCGCGUGAGACGAGCGACGAGUCAGUCGACACAAUGUGGUCGGCGAAAUCCAAGUCACUCAAGAGUCAAAGCUCAAGGGACGUCAAGACCGGCUCUAUGGACGACGAUGAGAGACCAAUCUUCGCGAGACAUCCUACGACUGCACCUCUAGGUGUUGCAAGAGCAAAGAUCAGGCCUGCUUUUGAUGGCGCCGUUUUCGGUGCCGCCGAAGCCAGUAUCAAGUAUUUGGUUCUUACCAAUACCUGGCGAAAGUUCGCACAGGAAGCUCAAGGAGGUGACGAGAAAGGCAUGGUAUGAAGGAAAGAUGACACGCCUGCUUUGUUGCAACAGAGCGGCAUUCUGAAAAUCACGCCAGCCUUUGAGGAAGAAAUGCUCGACUGAGGUCGUCGAGUGAAAGCCUCUUAUACACGAGCACACUCGUGUGCACGACCAUCCAGGGUCUUGCAAGAUGGCCGUGCCUGACAGCCUACCUGGUGCCAUAUCGGAUACCCGAUCCCGGCGUCGGCAUCACCAUACCAGAGCACACUACAUGAUAUCUGGCGCUGCGGCAUGGCACGAAUCAUCGCCGUCGCAUUCAGCCGCGACAUUUCACGCGUCACACGGGCAACACUCCGAACAAUGAUGUAUAGCCUGCAGCAUCACAUCAAGCUGCGAAAGGGCCAUCCGGAUAUAAAAUGCAGUGCUUAUACUGAUCAACAGGAUCAACAGAAAGAUACGCAGUGCUUGAGUGUAUGCUAGCACAGCGGGUGUCAAAUAUAGUGAAUAGCGUGCAUCCAGAAUUGACUAUUUGGGCGACAUCAGCGAAACUUCAACCCAGCAUUGCAUGCUUUCCGCUGAGCAUUAUCGCGUAGAACAUAGUUCGCUGGAAUCGCAUCGACGAGGCAGUUCCAACGAUACCCACCAG